AAGGCGCUAAAAUCAUCUGAGCCCUUAGUCACUGUGUUGCAAUUGGUGGACGGGGAUGAGAAGCCCGCAAUGGGCUACAUAUAUGAUGCGAUGGAGAGGGCGAAAAAUAAAAUCAUGGACCAUUUUAACUAUAGAGACCGUGAUUACAGGCCAAUUUUAGAUAUUAUAGAUAGAAGAUGGGGCAGCCAAAUGUCAUCCCCAUUGUAUUCGGCUGCUUACAUCCUUAUCCUAGCCUGUUUAUUCGCUUCUGUUGAUCCAGCAGAAGCACUAACUAUGCAUAUGGUUGGAUUUAUUGAUGUCUUGGAAAGAAUGAUUUCAGAUAGAGGAGAACAGGACAAGAUCUCAACUUUGUUGGACUUCUACACAAAAAGUGAAGGGAUAUUCUCAAGGGAUAUCGUAAUAAGACAUUGGACAAUGAAAUUACCCACUGACUGGUGGGCUGCCUAUGGAGUGGACCCGAACAGGAAGGAUCCAGCUCUAAAGAAGAUGGCUAUGAAGAUUCUUGGACUCACGUGUUCUGCCAGUGGUUGCGAGCGCAAUUGGAGCACGUUUGAGGCGGUAAGUUUAGACUGUUUAGUAAUUGUUUUGUUUUUUUUGUAAACUUUAAUUUUUUAGUAGCCUAAGCUAAAUUAAUUACUUAAAUAGCUAAUGCCAAAUACGCUUUCUUUCUUGCAGAUUCAUCAAAGAAAAUGAAUCACCUUGAGCAAAAAAAGCUCAACGACUUGGUUUUUGUUCAAUGCAAUCAAAAAUUGCGAGAACGAUUCCAAAGUAGGAAAAAAAAGCCCAGCUUCUUUGACCCUAUCUGCUUAGAUGAGUUAGAUGUAGAUAACGAGUGGCUCAUAGAGACGGAGGACCCAGUAUUUGCUGGAGAGGAUCUGACAUGGUCACAAGUUGAAGAUGCCGCAUAUGGAUCGACACCUGGUGAAGGUAGUAGUACCACUCGAAGGUGAAGGACAGGGGGGAGCCGGGGGGCGAGUAGUAGCCGUCAACCCGUUGAUGAGAUUGAAGAAGGAGAAGGUGAUAAUGAUGAUCAAAUUGAAGAUCAUCCACCAUUGGAUGUUGAUGAAGUAUUAGUACGUACAGAUGACGAAGAAACGGAAGAAGAAGAAGUGUAUGUGGAAGAAGGAGAUGACUCGAAUGAUGAUGAUGAUGGUGGUGGUGGUGGUGGUGAUGUGCCACAAUGGAUGCUAGAUCAAUGUAUAUGAUUAAUGAUUAUUGAUUAGAUAAAUAAUAAAUACAUAACUUCUUAAUUUUGUUUAA